AGGAAGAACAAGAAGAAGAAGAAGAAGAAACGCAACUCGGUCGUCACACGCACCCGCACUGAGUCGCAACCAUAUAUACCGAGUCGACUCCGUCAGAAACGCAUCACCAACCCAACCACCUAACUCUCUUCAUCCCCAACGCACAGAGAGAGAGAGAGAGAGAGAGAGAGAGAGAGAGAGAAACAUGGCCUCCACUUCUCGCCGGACGCCUGUCCUCCUCCUGGUCGCGGCGGCGGCGCUGCUGGUCGCCGCCGGGUCCGCCGUCCUCGCGGGGGCCCAGACGCCGGCGACGCAGACGUGCGCGUCGAAGCUCGUGCCCUGCGCCAACUACCUGAACUCGACGAGCCCCCCGCCGGACACCUGCUGCAACCCCAUCCGGGAGACGGUGAAGAACGACCGCGCCUGCCUCUGCACCCUCUACACCACCCCCGGCCUGCUCGCCUCCCUCGGGAUCAACGUCACCCAGGCUCUCCAGCUCACCAAGGAAUGCGGCGUCCCCACCGACACCAGCUCCUGCAACGCGACCGCUACGCCUCCGUCGUCAUCGACAACGCCACCAGCGACGCCUGGAGGCGACAGCGACGCCGGCAGAAUAGCUUGGAGCGGGAUCUCGAGCUUAUUCCUGAUUCUGGCAUCGAUGAUGUUUUAUUGAGGUCCAUGGGUUACCCACGUUGCAUACCAUCUGAUUGACGAGGAGACACUUCACACGGAUUGUUAUGAUUAUCGGAGAGGUGAAUCCUGGCAUUUGGAGAUUUUGGUCGUUUCAGUUGCUUUCGGCUUUCUCGAUACGUGGGUGGUGAAUUUGAUUUCAUUGCGGUGGUGGUUCUAGCUAGCUAUGUUACUAUAAUUAUACCCUGAUUAUUGUGUACUUGAUUUAUCCGGAUCUUGACCUUGGGACACUUGAUGGAGGUCAUUUCUCAGGUGCAUCAUAAUGAAAUUGUUUCAA